AUGCCAUCUCGAGUAGAAGUCCAUUCUGGUCGUCACGAUGCUUCCACCAAUUACUCUUCUCAGAAGCCUGUUUCGUACACAGUGUCGAAGCAACUUCACGAAGCAUCUGGCCGCUCGCGCCAGAAACGGAUGCGCUUCACCAGUGGUGGUGCUAUAGAUGAUAAUGUGAGUACUUCGGAAGAUGCUACUGCACCUCGUAUUAGGCGCCAUGCAACUUCCAAUGCCACCCGAAUUCCAAAAGGUCAAGGCAAACUCAGCAAUUCACAGUCGUCCUCACCGACCUCACCUUGUGGUGUGACUGAUCAAAUGGAUCGCGUCCAUUCGAGGGGUACGGUUGUCCUCGAUACUGCCAUCGGCGGUGUAGAACACAUGGAGGAUGACAACUCGUUCUCAUCAAGUGUCUUCUCCGAACAUUUAGUUCAACCCGAGCUCCAAAUGGUAAUCUCGACGGCUCCCGACAACCCUGUAGAUAAAGGCAGAUCUCGCCGCAGUUCCAUUCUCUCGGCGGAAAAUUUGAUUUUAACGGACAGCGAGAACAAAGAAGCUGAUGUACUUGUCAAAGACAUGAAGAGUAUGGAAAAUUUGCUAAUCCACACUGAUAGUGGCAUUUCAACCCCAACCCUUCAAACGGCUGAUGAUGCUGGUAGUUCCGAGGGUGAAGAUGAAAACGAUGGUAAAGAUGAAGUAUUAAUGAGUGCCUCAGAUAAUAUCCAUCUUUCAAGUUCGAGACCAUCUGAUAAUGAUCUGCCUUCCGUAUCACAGCCUCCCAUAGUUGACGAACAUUGUGGCCCACCAGAUAAUAGGUUCUCCGACACUGAUCUUGCCAUUUUGAAGGGCGGUUCUUUCAGUCACAUUCUACCUGUCGAGGACAAAUGUGAAUUCGUCCAUGAAACUACAAGCCCACCUACUCGCUCCUGUAUACUCCCCGACGCGAAUCCCAAUGGCGUGGUUUCUCCAAAAGCUCCAAACUGCCAUUUUGAUGCAAAGGAUAUCGAUCCCGAUUCCCUCCCAGGUCUUCCUAGUGUACUGGAAACCCAUCCCACUUGUCUCUCUGCGCGUGUUAUGACUCGCUCUCAAACUGCUGAGCUUUCCAAGCAGCCAUGUAGUCCCAUUCACUGUUCUAACUCUCGACGGGAUUCCAAGUAUUUGGAGAGCUCUUCACCUUUACCUUCAAACGUGUCUUCUUCCCAAGCUCGUUUUCGCAAUCCUGCCAAGUGUUUGGACAAGCGACGGAGUAGUGCUCGAGGGAUGCCCGUUUCAAGCCAUGGCUCAAAUGAAGAUGUAGGCUCUUGUGAGUCCACAUCUUUAUCAAGUCUUUCAAACAUUAACAGUGCCAGUGCUGCCUGUCCAUCCAGCGGAAUUACUUGUGCUUCGCCCAGUCCGUCUGAGGGCACUCCGGAUGUUACGAAUAUCACUGGUAAAAGUAAGUAUACAUAG